AAAGAGAGAGAGAGAGUUUAAACUAAGAGCUAUGUUUUGGGAUGGACUAAUCUGCUACAGAGCAGUGUGAGGAUCGGAGCGCAUUGUGUGAGCGAGUGUGUGGAGGACAGAUAAGGAAAGAAGCCCGGCAGACCGACUGCUUGUUUUAAUGUGCUGACUCUGGGGAGCUAAAAUAAAAAAAUAUUGACUCUUCAGUCGUGUGCCGUGAGCCAGGGCACUAGCGCCACAUUUAACAGAGGUGCACCAGAAAACAAGGGCGCAAGAGAAGAGAGAAAACACAUCCAACCAGACAGCACAUAUAGAGGAUUUCUCCAUCCUUUUCUUCUUUUUUUUAAUCGGUUUAUUUUUCGUUCUUUUUUUCUCGGGACCGAUUCCCAUUUCCAGUAGAGCGAAAAGGAGCCGUAGAGCUACGUGAGCACACACAGAAAAGCCAACACAAAACAAAACAAAACAAAAAACGAGACGGGCGACAAGAAACACCAACAAGAAGAUGUUUGAAAUCAGCCGAACACUGAACGCUGCUUUGUUGAGCAAUGAGUGUCUGAAGAUGAUGGUAAAGUGUUCACAGAACUCGGCAGUAGCCCAGGCGGAAGGCUCGUUCCCGGGCAUGGGCUCGCUGCUUUUCCCCCGAGAUUCGUCCAGCCAACUGGGGGCCAGGGAGCUGGGGGGCUCAGAGACUGCCUCCCCCGGCUGUCACCAGGCUAGUGGGAGACUGUGCCUGCCAGGAACCAACUCUCCCCGAGACAGAAACGGAGAGAGAGAGAGUUGCAAAGCUUACAAACUGAGCUUGGGAUCGACAGAGACUCAGUGGCGUCAGGCAGACCUGCCGCAGCUCCAGGGCUGGGCUGAGAAGGGACUGCUGACACAGCCAAAGAUGAUAAUCAGCAACAUGGAGCCUCAGGUGACGAACGGGCCCAACUCCGCCACAGCCAACGGACCCUCCAGCAACAGUCGCAGCUGCCCCUCGCCCAUGCAGACCGGUGGCCCUAAUGACGACAGCAAGACCAACCUCAUUGUCAAUUACCUGCCCCAGAAUAUGACCCAAGAGGAAUUUCGCAGCCUCUUUGGCAGCAUUGGCGAGAUCGAGUCUUGCAAGCUGGUUCGGGACAAAAUCACAGGGCAGAGUCUUGGCUAUGGUUUUGUGAACUACAUUGACCCAAAAGAUGCAGAGAAAGCCAUCAACACAUUAAAUGGACUCAGACUUCAAACCAAAACUAUUAAGGUGUCAUAUGCACGGCCCAGUUCAGCUUCCAUUCGUGACGCUAACCUGUACGUGAGCGGGCUACCCAAGACCAUGACCCAAAAGGAGCUGGAACAGCUCUUCUCCCAGUACGGACGGAUAAUCACCUCCCGCAUUCUAGUUGACCAGGUCACAGGCCCCACAGGUGGCUCGCGGGGUGUGGGUUUCAUUCGCUUUGAUAAGAGGAUAGAAGCCGAGGAAGCCAUCAAGGGACUGAACGGACAGAAGCCCUCGGGUGCCGCUGAGCCCAUUACGGUGAAGUUUGCCAACAACCCCAGCCAGAAGACUAGCCAGGCACUACUGUCGCAGCUGUACCAAUCCCCAAACCGGCGCUACCCUGGACCCCUCCACCACCAAGCACAGAGGUUCAGGCUGGACAAUUUGCUUAAUAUGGCCUAUGGCGUUAAGAGGUUCUCUCCCAUCACUAUCGAUAGCAUGACCAGUCUAGUAGGAAUGAAUAUCCCCGGUCACACGGGAACGGGCUGGUGCAUCUUCGUCUACAACCUGUCUCCGGACUCGGACGAGAGCGUUCUGUGGCAGCUCUUCGGACCGUUCGGCGCCGUCAACAACGUCAAGGUGAUCCGCGACUUCAACACCAACAAGUGCAAGGGGUUCGGUUUCGUCACCAUGACGAACUACGACGAAGCGGCCAUGGCCAUCGCCAGUCUGAACGGGUACCGGUUGGGUGACCGCGUCUUGCAAGUGUCUUUCAAGACCAACAAGACCCACAAGUCCUGAACUCCCUUUCCCGUCACUCGUGUAGCUCCGUACAGCUCCUCUAUUACUAAAACCCACCUUUGCCCACUCAGCUACUCAAAACAGGAACACACGCAACCAACAAACCCACAAAAAAGAACUGGAUAUGGCUUAUAAUAUAACUUUGGACCUAUAAGCCAAUGUUGCCUAAGUAUUACAAAAUUGAGAAUAUUCAUUAUUUGGAGACCCUGAAAGUGGUACAGGGAUUCUGUUGUAUAUCUUAAGUUCUUGUGGUUGUUUAGUUUUUUCUUUUCUUAUUUUUUCUCUGUAAACAGUAGCAAAACCAGACCGCCCUUAUUUUGAAGAAAAUGUCCUUCUUUAGAUCAAACUCUCUUUUGGUCUCGAUUCAGGAUUUUUUCUUUCUUUUUUAAAUCCGGAUCCACUGUCGUUAGAAUAACGCCUCCCUGGUAAGAGAACGGGAGGGGGCUCUUUUUGAAAAAAGAAAAUAUUUAAGAGAAACGGUGAUCAUUCAUUCAUUUGUUUUGGUGUAAAUUGUUCAAAGUCCCCAAACUGAAUUGAUAGGGAUGACGCCAUCCCUUUUCUCUAAUGCAGAAGAUGUUUCUAGCAUAGUUUUGGUUUUGUACUGCAAACAAAACGCACGUCUGUCCUCACAGGGGAUUGCGGGAAGGGGAGAGGGAAGGGAUGGGCUAGCACCCCUGAUGACACGUUACGUGAAAUAAACCUACACACACACUGUUGCCAAAGAGAAAAUCUCUUUGCUUGAAAAUGCGUUUAGAAAAAAUGAAAAAAUAAAGAGAAAGAAGAUCUAUUUUUAUAAAUAAUGAUUAAAAUAAUUAUUGAAGAAUUUUUACAAGAAUCUGGAUUUGAAAAAAGAGAAAAAUAUUUUGACUGGCUAAUUAGGGACGGGGGGAGGGGUCAGGUGCCACCUUGUCUUGUUCGUUCCGCCGUGGUACUUUUUAGGAUCAAAGGUCGUUUGUUUUUCGGGGAGAACCCGGAUUGGCGAUGGUUUUGUAGAUGGAAGAAUUUAUCAACGGGAUGCAAAUUCAGGCAGGUAAUUUUUCAUAGCAGUAAUUCUUCAACAGCGAUACCCAAUGGGAGAGGUAGAGGGGUCUUCCCAGGCCGAUCACAUCUUCACAGUCAAGAGCCCAAAGCGAGGCCACUCAUCGUCCACUCAUUUACGUUCUUUACAUCAGUCUUUGGGAUAUAAGUAAUAAGUACGCACACGUAUCCAUUUGGAGAACAUACACGGUUCCGUUUUCUUCGCUCUGAUUUCGUGGUAUUACAUUUGAGAUGUACUUCCUUUAGCGAUCAACAGUAGGUGCUAUAUUACAUGGUUCACAUAUCUUAAAUAUCCAACUGUGUUGUUCUUCGUGUUGUUUAGAGAGAAAAAAAAGAAAAUUUCGAUGUUGGCAUUAUAUUACGCUGCUGUUUUACUUCUUUCUUUCGUUGUCGUCGUUUCUGAGUUCGAUUGUCGGCGCCCGUCCGUCCGUCCGGUCGGUGAGAAAUCGGAUCAACGAAUUCGGGACGAAUCACUCGACGAGUUUUCUUUGGCUUGCUUACUUCUAGGUUCUUUGCUGAGUGUACAGCGUUUGUCAAACUUCAGCUAUAAUUAGCUAGUUUUGUUAGUCUAGUAUUCGUUUCCUCAAAGGAUCUAUUAUGACUGUGUCUUUCUUUGUUGUGUAUACAAAUAGAUUAUAUAUAUAGUCGACAUUUUCCGUUACGAUACCUAUAUCUAUCUGAGUUGACUGAGUUUUUCCGUUCGAGAUUGUCUUUUUUCAUAUAAAAACUUUAUGAAGUGAUGGUUCAGUUACUUAGAAAACUCGUGAGGAAUCUUGUUUAAUAUGUUGUCAUGUCGCUUGUGAAGAUAAAGAGAAAAAAAAUAUGAAGAAAAAACAACAGAAAUUUGGAGCGAUUUAUUUGAUUUACCGCCGCAGCAAAAGAAAUCGAACAAAAAAACUUCUUGAGAAGUUAUCUGUAUUUAUUUAUUGAUCGAUUGUCUCAUUGAUUAACUUAUUUAUUUAUCUUGAUUAUUUAUUUAUUCGUUCGUCUAUUACGUUCGUCUGUGUUUUUGCGUGAUUCUGGUACAGGGAGGGGGGGUGUUGUUUCUGAGCUAAAGGGAACAAAUGCGACUAGGGGAGAUGUUCUUCCAAUAGUCCUGCGCACUGAGACAUUUUAGUACGUUUGUGCUUUGUACCAAUAUAUCAAAAUUACAAUAUAAAAAAAUUUAAAAGUCAAAAACGAAAAAAAUGGGGUUGGUGAGGCUCUUCCCUUAUUAAUAGAAACAGUUACUCGCUAUGCAUAACCUAGCCGAUAGUUCAAUUUGCUAUUGCUUUUUUCUUGUCUUGUUAAACAUAAAUCUUUAAAUCUUUUUCAAUAAAGUUUAGUCUUAAUAGAAUGUUAUAACAGUUGUUCUGGUUCAAUAUAACCUGUGAUAAGUUUGUGUAGUUUUAAAAGCCACUUCCCGCCCUCCCUCCACACACUACAGUUGCUUUGUGAUUAAACUUUAUGCAAAAAUGUGGGUCUGAAAUGUAGUUUCUCUACGACGUUCAUGUCAGGCUUUGCUGCCCUAAUUUGAUCAACAUGUGUCCGUUGUUUUACUACUAUUCUUCAUUGCAUUUGAAAUGUAACCUUCAUUUCUGCCAUGUGACAUUGAUACUCCAAAUAGCAUUGACGCUGAUUGUACUGGUUGAUUAAACAAAUAGCUAUAAAAGAUAAUAUUUGAUAGAUGACACCUGUUAUAUAUUUUCUAAGAUAUAGUCUAUUUUGAAAGGAAAAUUUCUGAAUGGAGAGCUCGGCUCUUGUUGAGACAGACCGGUGUGAAUGCUGGAGAGCUAAACGAAAAAAGAAACAUGUAUCCUACACCUGUAUAACGUCAUCCAUCCAUCCAUCCCUCCUCUGCCCCACCUCCAGGGGCGGUGACACGGCCCUACUCAAACCCCGCUACGGCUGGGAGUUUGAAUUAUGCAACGACUCCAGUAGAAUGUUGUUCUGAUCUAUGAACAAAUUUCCUCCAUUACUUCCUUAACUUCCUUUUGGUUAGCGACAUCACCCUCUGCGCGUCUGCGAGAGUGCGCGUCUAAGACGCGUGCAUGCGCAUUCCAGAGAGUCUGUGGGGGUGUUUGUAAGACGGGCCCGUGCCUCUUAAAGUGCGUGCCCGAAUCGCAGUGUCUCUCCCCCGUAGCGCCUUAUAGUGGCAGUCUGCCAAUAGGAACCCAUCAGCCGGUAGUGUAGGAGGGAAGGCAAAGUGAGGAACAAGGCUCCUGUCAUAAUUCAUUUUCUCCUGAAAUGUGUUUGUUUACUAUCUGAAAAAUCUAUAAAUCUUUAAAGACAAAAAAGACGAAAAAAUAUUCACCGGACCAAGCUGGUCUCUCCUACUUGCGUUAUUACUUAUCUAUUGAUUAUUGUUACUAUGAUUAAUAUUAUUCUCAUUAUCCUUAUUCUUAUUACGAAUCAAAAUUACUGCGAUGAAUGACUCCAUGUUAUCCUUGCUAGUUUAGGUCAUUUCUCAAACUGGAAACAAAAUAUUGAAAAAAUACUUGCUGUAAAUGUUUUUUUCUUUUUCAUAAAACUGUUGUGUUUGAAUUAUUUGUACUUUUGAAUGUUGGGACAAUAAAAUAAGGUGUUGAAAGCUG